UCAAUUUGGCGCAUUUCUCGGCGCCUCGCAUUGAAGCACGACUGAUUCAACUUGACGCGCUGUUCAGUACCAUCGCAUAUUUGGGCGCUCGCCGCUGUAACAACACCAUUCACUUUGGCAAUGUUCGGACGAUGUCCUGUUGUCUGGCUUUCACUUCACCAUCUUCUGGUGCCUUUACGAAUUUCUGUACCUUUCUACGGGAUUCUGUGUCUUUAUACGAGUCAAACGACCUUUUGUGCCUUUGUUUACGACCCACGAGUCUGGCGUUCAUUCGGAGUUGCUUCGCAUUUGGAGUUACUCACAUUCGUUGCCUGGUUUUGUACGAACUCACAACGAAUUGAACGAUCACGUUUGCACAAAUGCCAUUCCUCCACUGGAUUCGGCUGUUUUGCACCGCUUGGGAAGGACGCAUUGUGCGCUUGACAGCUUUCUUGUACGCUUCCACAGCAUGGCGUGGACUAGCUUUGCCUUGGCCGGAGCGGAGGAUCUGUACAUUGACCUCCCUUUUUGUCGUCUGGUAUGUAUCAUUCGCCGGGUUGCUGAGCCUUUACUGACUGCUCCCAGGCUAAGCCUCUUGUACCAUGUAGCAUGAACGGAAGCCUCUCCCCGCA